AUGCAUAUGGUUGACACAGAAGACGGCGACAUUCUCGUUCUCACCGAUCUGGUCCGUGAAGAGUCCGGAAUCAGUCAGAACUCGCAGGCCACUACCUCAUCUAGUGAUGAGAGCACAAGCCAGGUAGUCCUCUCGAAGUCAUUUGAUGCAAAUUUGUUUCAAAGCGCUCGAGCUGAGGUGGACACACAAGGUUUCUCAAGUUUGAAUAGGAAUCGACGACAAUCACCGGCUCGCCCAUCGGUUAUUGAUAUAGAAACAUUGGAAGAAAUAGAAGAUCGAAUCGCACUGGGCCAAGUGCCCGCAUUAGCAAACACCGUACAUUUCAGGUCACGGCUUUCCCUGAUUCCCGAACAAGUUCCGUCGACAGUUGAAGAAUGUGAAGAGCCUAGCGAUUCCAGCCACGCUUAUUCUUUGGAGGAGAACAGUCCGAUACCAACGCGGUAA